AUGAGUUGGGAGGGGGGGCGGCGAAGUGGGUUGUUGGGAUCAACGGUAAAAAGGAUGAUGUUCGUUCAUGCAAGACUUAUGAAAUUUGAUAGAGUUCUUCUCAUCGACCGGUAUCGUCUGACGUCACGAAAAAUACGACACGAAAAAGAGGUGCAACACGAGGACUUCCCAGGAGGUCACCCAUCCUAG